AUACAUAUUAAAUGUGAUAUUCCAGGCUACAAAUGGAAUGAAAACAAUGUCAUAGCGCGCUAGGUGCUCUCAACACCAUUGGGAUGUGUAUCUACACAGUGAUGCAACGACCUCGCGAUCAUGUUUCGAAGCGAAGUCGUAGCGUCGGUGUUCGUGGCCCAUGAAGGCAGCUACGCGGCAACCCAGCAGCUGCAGCAGCUGGUAGAAUGCCGCGACGAGAGCCCACUAACCGUGGAAACCCACAGGCACCUGACGCUGACGUACGAUGUACUGAUAUCACUCACGCAAAUUCCACACAACAGUAGCGAUGAAGCGGUAUUGGCAUUCGUAUCGACCAAGGGAGCUGCAGCUACCAGAGAAAAUUACAUUGAAUGUGUGGAUCUACUAAGAUUCUAUGGGUUCACAUUGCUGGUGAAGCUAUUUGAAAACAAUUGGCAUAACAUGACUGAAGAACUUAAAACAAGAUGCAAGCGCGAUGCUGAAUGUCUGUUCUCUGGCGGUAGAUUAGAAGCUACCGUGGCAGCGGAAUACAACGCAUUGGCCAUACCAAAAGUAACGCAGUACUUGGCCACCAUAGCCAUGAGAGAGUGGCCAGUGGGAUGGACUGAACUAAUACCAUUCUGCUUGCAGUCAAUCAAUGCACGCUUGAACCCGUUAUGUAACGACGCCAAUGCCUGCAAGCAAACAUUGGCUGAAUUGCGGAUAUUUGGAGGCCUCCUUUCAGAAAUAUCAGCGGAUAUCAGCGACUGCAUGGAGAACAAGCUGUUGUAUAAGAAGAGAACCCAGGUCUUGGCUUUGCUACAAAACAACAUAUGCGAUAUCUUUUUGCUGAUACGUAGAGUUAUCAUGCUGGGCAUGAUGAAUGGCCACCCGCAAAUGCAGCACAUGGUCAUAACCAUAUUCCGCAAUAUGUCAAUGAACAUGGAAGGAUUCAUAUUUGUGGCAUUUGACGUGGAUGAAUUCCUUAGGAUCAACGCCAACUCGCAGCAUAGAUCGGAUAUAAUACAAACGAUGCACAACAUAUGCACAAACGUAGUAUUAAAACCACUGAAAAAUAUGCCAAAGCACCCGGAAGUAGACCUAUCUAACGAAAGUGUAUAUAGAACCAAGUUAGGGCGCUUCCUACGAAAUAUAGUAGCAGUUGGGGAGUCGAUACCACUGGACACGUCCCUAGACACUGCAUGUGACGAGCUGCAGUUGGCACAGGCCUUAAAGCUACUCUUCGAUCGCAAUGGAAUCUAUGUACUAGGCAAUGUAGACACGGAGUCACUCAAGCUGUUGUGCGAUUACGUCAUAGGCAGAUUGGUGAUGCACCCAUCCAUGCAAAUCGCAAUUUGUGCGGUUAACGCACUGAAUGUCAUGCUACGCAGAAUGUCCUCGCUGGGCGAGGGAAGACUUGUAGGCGAGUAUAUAGCAGGGCAGUUUGUACCAAACCCAGCAAUAAGGUGGCUUGAUCAUCGCAGGAUGCUAUUGAUCCUUUUCAUACGCUCCCUGAAAAUGGGAAAUGCAGCUUUACAGGACGAUAGCACCGACCAAAUAUCAUCGGCAACGAUGGACGCCUUUAUCGCAGAUGCAGUGAGCACCCCUAUAGUCAGGGCACAAAGAUGGUCCAAGCUGCUAUUCGCAUAUACACCUAUAGACGACGAGUUCUGCGUGGGACACUUAAAGACCUUCGAACCCAGAUUUGCAUCACUGAGGUCAGCGAUACUGAAUUGCGUAUCGCUGUUGUGCACCGUGAGCCAUGACUACAUGAACAUGUCCAUCAAGGCACUAGCGGAUAUAUUCACCACGGCGCAAAGCGUUGUAAUGGAAUCACCAUGUGUAAUGGGAGCCAGUGCGUGCACAAUGCCGGGGAUAUCAGAGAAACGGUUGCAGUGGACGUGUAAAAAGCUGGUACUGUUCGACGGGACGUGCUUCAUGUUCGAGGCGGCGCUGUCCAGGUUGCGGAGCGCAACCAUAGACGCCACUGUAACAGCGGAGAAUACUAAAGUGCCGGAGUGGCUGCAGCCAGCUGCAGCAAGUAAAGUGCUACACGCAGCACAAGCCAAGUCAGGUGGCGAAAUGAUAGAUACCUGGAUAUCAAGCUCAAUGACCUAUUUACUCCACAUGAUAGGGCUGCAACUACCAGGGGUCCACUGCGCACAAUUGGAAGUGCGCAGGCUCAGUAUGCUUUCCAGUUCAGCGCACCUCCUGAUGUAUAGCCCGGAACCACUGGAACGGAUCCUGGAAUACGUCAUCACGUUGCUACUAGUAAAAAAUGCAGGACCCAUGCAAGAUAAUAAAGUCUGCAAGGCGGCGUUAGUGACGCUAAUAGCACUGUGCAAAAACUGCUCAGCGCUGGUGUCGCCAUACGUGGAGCCCAUAGUACACAGGAUUAGGCAUUGCCUGGCAAUGGCAGAGGAUGAGAUGUAUAGAGACCUCUUGCUGGAGGCACUAGUGGCACUCACGUCGUGCCUCCAGAACUACGAAACUCUGAAACGGUUGACACAUGAAAUUAUCGCACCACACGCUGAGGAGAUCAAAGCCCUGGCAGCUAAACUGACCUCAGUUAAACCAGACGAAAGACCAGUUCUCCUGUUUGAUAUACUCUAUGGACAAAACCCAUCGCAACAUCUAGAAGAAAGCCAGAUAGGAUCACCAACAAGAUUAGAGGUCCUCCCAAGUGCUAAGUCAAUAGAAAAUACUCUGGACCAGGGACGAAGAAACCUGCGAAGAGUACUCACGAUGUCGCUGUAUAUAAUUAGGUGCGCUGCAAUGCCACAGGAUGACAGGAAAGAGGCAUCUAGGCACCCACUAGAAGAUAUGCUGCCGGAGCUGAAUGCAUCAAUAUGUACCAUACUGGCAGCAAUGUCAGGUAUGUGGAAACCAGGAUUCAGGACGCAAAGUGACUGGCGAAAGGCAGUGUUAAGCCCAGGAGAAGAGGAAUGGAUUGCACUCCAGGGGUUCAAUGAAGCCAUAGCUAGUGAAGACAGCCUCCGGAAACUUGUAGAAGCGGUUUUCAGCAUACCCGCGAAUAUAGAUAAUAAACUGGUACGGAAGUGUAGAAGACAUGAUUUCUUACUCAGGCAGUCUGCGUUAAAGCUAUGUGGUGAAAUAUUUGCCACAGCAGCUAUACAGAAUUCGGAAACUAUACAAACGUGCCAAGAGACCAUCAUCGCAGAAGCACUAGUGGAACCACUGGAGUGGGUAUCAAUGUUCCAUUUGGCCCAAUUCCUUAAGUUCGCAAUGAUACCGGCUAAACUGUCGCUACGCAGGAUCUUGCCAAAGGUUAUAGCAACCAUAUCGGAAAGGAUUAAUUCAGAAUGGAAAGCACUGAAUAGAGUGCAACGCAAUCUUUUAGGUACCGAUAAAGAACAUGAGUCAAGUGAAAUGGUGGAGUCCAGGAUAAUGCAUCUGUAUUAUUUACGGGUAUAUGCAUGUAUAGAAACUGGGCAGCAACUAAUGGCAUUAGUGGCCACACUCCUCAGGGCACGCAGCUCCCAAAUAAUCGAGCCAGAGUCACAACCCGGGUCAGAUGACGUUAUAAUGGGCUCAUCAGAUCAAAUAUCGGUAGUUUUUGGCUCGCGAGAGCUGCUUACGAGUAUAUUGCAGUGCCUCUGUAGCGCACUGUGCUGGCCACAUUGUAGAUGUAUAACGGAAGCACUGAGGUUACUCAGGACAUAUGCCAAAACGGCAGUGACGCUAGAUAAAUCAUCUGUGAAGUUGUUCCAGGCGUUCGGGCCCGAAGUGCUUCUAGUGCUGCACAAACAGCUGCAGUCACAGCGGACAUUCGACCCCCUGAACCUAGGUAACGCCGAGGCACACGGAUCAACCACGACCGCCUAUAAACGAUUCUGGUCAAACACAAGGGAUGGAAGCUCGAAUUAUAUAAAGGAAUUUGUAAAUACCAUGUGCAGCCUAUAUGAAGCCAUGGUCAAGUGCCACCCAGGAUUGUCAAGCGUAGUGGUACAAGGUGAAGUAAAUGUACAGGCAUUGUUGAAUUAUAGUGCCAUUGUAGAGGUAAUCAAGUUGCUGAUGCCAUACCUACAGGAACACGAAUGUCUAACCUUCCUAACCAAAGUAAUCGCACAAAACUCGAUAGAUUCAAGAUCACUGCUCCAAGCAGGCGUAGAAGCAAAUGUAGCAAACCAAGAUGCCAGGACAAAUGCCAAAAUGACGCAAAUGAACGCCAGUGUGUUAGAGACACGCUCAUCCAAAGAGAUUGAAUGCUGCAGCACUGGAGAAAGCGAUGACGAAUUCCUAGGAUCAGAUAUAGCAUACCUGCUAUUCGAGUAGGG